UUUAAACCACGUGUCCUAAAAAAGGUAAACAAACCUAUUGAAGUGAGAAAUAAGACAUUUUGUUCCACGUUAUUCUCUCAAACAUAAGUAAAAUGUCAAGCGAAAUGGUAAAGAGAAGUCUACAAUUAUUUGAUGACCAGAUAAAACAGAAAACAGGUGGUAAUUCUCAUAGUAGUAAAAAGAACAAGAAUAUUAAAGAUGGUAUGAAAUUAAUUAGUACUAAUAAACAAGGUGUCUGGAAAGAACUUAGACAUUUACAUAAAACCUAUGCCAUAGAAAGCAAGAAAAAGAGAAAAUUGAAGAAAAAGAUAUCCACACUAGAAGAAUACAGAGAAAAAGCAGAUAAAGACCACACAAAGAAAAAUGUAAAACUUUUGAAACAGGUCUCAAAUGUAGGAAAAGUCAAAUCUGUUUACUGUAAAAAGAUCUUGGAACAACAUCAAAGAAAAUUAGCUAAAGAUUUACCACAAGAAAGUAGAGAAGAACCAGACAGUGUUUUCACAGAUAGAGACUUUGAUCAGUUCGAACAGGAAUAUGAUUAUUUUCAAAAACUUCAAUAGUUGUUUGUGAAGUACAUGUAUAUCUGUGUUAUUUGAAGAAGAUAUUCUUGGAACUGUAUCAGAAAAUAUUAUCAGUUUCUUGAAAUAUCAUCAAAAACAAUUAUGUGAUGAUAUUUAUGGAAUUAAAUGUUACAUGGUAAGGGGAGAUAAGUGCAUGUAUCUUUAUACGUGAUUUCAUAGGCGUGUCAGUAACAAUAUCAAUCUAUUUUAAAUAGACAAUACAAGAAAACUGCACCAAGAACUAGACACAACAAACAAUACAGUUAUGCAGGGAUCACCUUUAGAUGCUGUUUGAUCCAGAACUUCAAAUAACUAUUUCUGUCACAUUAUUUCAAGUGUGGGUGGAAAAAUGAAAUUUCAUUCACACUUUAACUUAAAGCCAGUGAUUGUCAUUUGCAUUUUUCCGGCGAUAUUUAAUAAUUUCAUGACUUAACACAUGCAAAUUGGACUAUUUAACAUUUAAUUAAAGAUGCAUUAUGUAAGAACUAAAUCUGCCUAUUGCAGGUCUUUGUUUGGAUCAUUAAUGUUAUAUACAUUAUUAAUUAGACAUUUAUUAAUACGACAAGACCAUAAUCUACUCUCGAUGCUAUUGGAUUACUCCGAUUUUAAGAAGAUUAGAACGGUUCAGCCAUUUAAUCAUUUAAUUUAAAAAUGGACAAGACCAUAAUCUACUCUCGAUGCUAUUGGAUUACUCCGAUUUUAAGAAGAUUAGAACGGUUCAGCCAUUUAAUUUAAAAAUGGAGAAGUGAGGCUAUGACUCAAAUGACCAGUACGGUUGUUAUGAUCCAUGCACACAUCUUGUCAAGACUACAACCCUUGAUAACUUCACUCAAAAUAAAGUAAUUUGAAUGAAAUUUUCAAUAUAUUCAUUUUACAUUAUCUCUUUUUGAAAUAUAAUAGCUAGAAUGGGUAGCUCUUGAUCUAAAUCUUAUGUACUGCCCCUUUAAGAAAACAAAAUAAAAAUGUCUACCAUAGAUAAUCUUUUAUCUUGGAUUCAAUCAGAUUAAAAAGAUUUUUACCCAACACAUGUAGGUUGUGCUGACAGUUUAUUAUAUAUCCUUUUCAAUUCAUCAUAUCUUGAACUAUUUUUGGACUGAUAUUAUCUUUCACAAUAUGGUAGUUUGUCAGGGAUUCAAAAUCUCUCAAAUUACAAUCACUGCUUUUAUUUGAGUGAUUUCACCAUUCAUAAACCCAGUGUAUAAUUUGUUUGCAUCUUAUAUUUUCAACAAAACUGAUCACAUGUAGUUUGUAUAUCUAGUAGCAGGAGUAAAAAAAAACCAUAUGAAAUUAUUACACUUUUAUUAAUUUUAUUUACAAAUACAAUAUAACGAAAAAUAGGUCCACAUUAAAAGUUCCAUUGUUUAGUGUAUUCAGUUUAUGACAUCCAUCAUUUAUAAUUCUGUUUUAAUAUGACAAAUAAAUGAAUAAUUCUUGA